CAGGAUUACGACAUGGACAUUUACCUAAUGAUGUCAUGGCGGGACGCUCGAUUAGUCAACCCGUAUGACAAACCUAUCUUGGUAAAAGAGGAGGAUAUUCUAGAAAAAAUCUGGAGGCCAGAUCCAUUUUUUGCAAACGCAAAAGAAGCCGAAUUCCACGAAGUCACAUUUUUGAACUUCUUAAUGAGAAUCUUUCCGGAUGGGCUGGUGCUCUAUGAAACAAGAGUUAAAAUCAAGCCUUCCUGUAACCUAAUCCUGUGCAAAUAUCCACACGACAAACAAACUUGUGAUCUGUUGAUUAAAUCAUUCGCCUACCCAGUUGAAACUGUCCGUUUCGAGUGGUUCACUCGCCGUAAAGACGCUAUCGACAAGAAUCCAGAUGUGAAACUGCCUGAACUUUAUAUCGAUCGUUACGAGACCACAACAUGUGCAAAUGAACGAAAAUCUGGAGCAUUUUCUUGUUUAAGAGCAGUUUUCCGGCUUAAACGAGAUGUUGGAUUCCAUAUUGCUCAGACCUAUAUCCCUACUAGUCUCGCUCUUAUGUUUUCUUGGGUCGGCGUAUGGCUUCCAGAAGAAUUCAUGGAGGGAAGAAUUGGUGUUGCGAUUACUGUACUUUUGACUCUCUCUACCGAAUCUGCAGGAGCUAGGGAACAUCUUCCAAGUGUCUCCUAUUUGAAGGCUAUCGACUUAUGGUUCGGAUUUAUCACCGGUUUUGUGUUCUUCACUUUGCUCCAAACCCUAUUCGUAAUUGGUUUUGACAAGCGAGCGAAUCAGCUCAAAAAGUGGGCUGGGCGAAAAACCGCGGAUAUCACUGAGGAAAUCCGGGAAGUCCUCCUCCAGAAAGCAACCAGAUACCACAAAACGGGACGAUACUUGGAUAACUUUUGUCGCGUUUUCUAUCCAUUAAGUUUUAUUCUAUUCCUCCUAAUGUACUAUUUUGUGUUCACUGAAGGACGGCAGGAUGAUUGUAUGAAUCGACGAUGA